CGGGCGGGCGGGCUGGGGACCCUUGGGUCGGCGAGGCGGCCGGGCAGGUAGGCGGUUGGUGACCGCAGCUCCCUGGCAGGCAGGGGCGGCCGAGUCCUCCGCGGCGCGCCCCCCGCACCCACGGGCUCCCGCUUGUAGGCGGGGGAGUGAGGAGAUGCCGACCCAGAGGGACAGCAGCACCAUGUCCCACACGGUGGCGGGCGGCGGCGGGGACCAUUCUCACCAGGUCCGCGUGAAAGCCUAUUACCGCGGAGAUAUCAUGAUAACACAUUUUGAGCCUUCCAUUUCCUUUGAGGGCCUUUGCAAUGAAGUCCGAGACAUGUGCUCUUUUGACAAUGAACAGCUUUUUACCAUGAAAUGGAUAGAUGAGGAAGGAGACCCGUGUACUGUGUCAUCUCAGUUGGAGUUAGAAGAAGCCUUUAGGCUUUAUGAACUAAACAAGGAUUCUGAGCUCUUAAUUCAUGUAUUCCCUUGUGUACCAGAACGUCCUGGAAUGCCUUGUCCAGGGGAAGAUAAAUCUAUCUACCGCAGAGGUGCACGCCGCUGGAGAAAGCUUUAUUGUGCAAAUGGCCAUACUUUUCAAGCCAAGCGUUUCAACAGGCGUGCUCAUUGUGCCAUCUGCACAGACCGAAUAUGGGGACUUGGACGCCAGGGAUAUAAGUGUAUCAACUGUAAACUCUUGGUUCAUAAGAAAUGUCACAAACUGGUUACAAUUGAAUGUGGUCGGCACUCUUUGCCACCGGAACCCAUGAUGCAAAUGGAUCAGUCAUCCAUGCAUUCAGACCAUGCACAGACAGUAAUUCCUUAUAAUCCUUCAAGUCAUGAGAGUUUGGACCAAGUUGGUGAAGAAAAGGAGGCAAUGAACACCAGGGAAAGUGGCAAAGCCUCAUCUAGUUUAGGUCUUCAGGACUUUGAUUUGCUCCGAGUAAUAGGGAGAGGAAGUUACGCAAAAGUACUGUUGGUGCGAUUAAAAAAAACGGAUCGUAUUUAUGCAAUGAAAGUUGUGAAAAAAGAGCUCGUUAAUGAUGAUGAGGAUAUUGAUUGGGUACAGACCGAGAAGCAUGUUUUUGAGCAGGCAUCUAAUCAUCCUUUUCUUGUUGGACUGCAUUCUUGCUUUCAGACAGAAAGCAGGUUGUUCUUUGUUAUUGAGUAUGUAAAUGGAGGAGACCUAAUGUUUCAUAUGCAGCGACAAAGAAAACUUCCUGAAGAACAUGCCAGGUUUUACUCUGCAGAAAUCAGUUUAGCAUUGAAUUAUCUUCAUGAGCGAGGGAUAAUUUAUAGAGAUUUGAAAUUAGACAAUGUAUUACUGGAUUCAGAAGGACAUAUUAAACUCACUGACUAUGGCAUGUGUAAGGAAGGAUUACGGCCAGGAGAUACGACCAGCACUUUCUGUGGUACUCCUAAUUACAUUGCUCCUGAAAUUUUAAGAGGAGAAGAUUAUGGUAAUAAAUACAUAGGUUUUAGUGUUGACUGGUGGGCCCUUGGAGUACUAAUGUUUGAGAUGAUGGCAGGAAGGUCUCCAUUUGAUAUUGUUGGGAGCUCUGAUAACCCUGAUCAAAACACAGAGGAUUAUCUCUUUCAAGUUAUUUUGGAAAAACAGAUUCGCAUACCACGUUCUCUUUCUGUAAAAGCUGCAAGUGUUCUGAAGAAUUUUCUUAACAAGGACCCAAAGGAACGCUUGGGUUGUCAUCCUCAAACAGGAUUUGCUGAUAUUCAGGGGCAUCCAUUCUUUCGAAAUGUUGACUGGGAUAUGAUGGAGCAAAAACAGGUGGUACCUCCAUUUAAACCAAAUAUUUCUGGAGAAUUUGGUUUGGACAACUUUGAUUCUCAGUUUACUAAUGAACCUGUCCAGCUUACUCCAGAUGAUGAUGACAUUGUGAGGAAGAUUGAUCAAUCUGAAUUUGAAGGUUUUGAGUAUAUCAAUCCUCUUCUGAUGUCUGCAGAAGAAUGUGUCUGAGCCGUAUUUUUCAACUGCAUUCUGCUUAUGUUGCCAUUUAAUACGUGAAAAAACUGGUUACCACCCUGGAUACAGUUAACUAUUUCAUAUUUGCUAUCUACAGAAAAAUUCACUAUCCUCUAUUAUAGAGUAGAAGAAUCAAGUAUUACAUCUAAAUUUAACUACAAAAAAGAAAUUAAAAUUAGCUGCCAGACAAUCACGUUGAAAUUCAGUUACGCUGGUUCUUCAGGCCUACUGACGGAAAAGAAAGAUACCUGUUUGUUCAAAGGAAAUACCACUGCUUUAAAAGAAAAGGUCUGUUGCUUUAAGGCACAUGAGGAGAACAUCGUUAGUGUCCUGUGAUUUUUAUCAUUCUGUGUUAAGUCAUUUGAAGGUUUAAUUUUGGAAUAAAAGCUUAAUUUAAAAUAUUUCCUUGGAUGAUUAUUGAAUUUUAAGGUAACAGUUACUAAAUUGGUAAUAAAAGACAUUUCCUAGAGGAUUUUCUUUUCUUUCCCUCUCCUUUUCCCCAUGUCCCCCUUCUGUCUCCUCUGAUAUUGUCCCCUUAUGUGGACUAUAUUAACUUUGAACUCACUGUGUAACCCAAGCUGUCCUUGGAUUUCCAAUCUUCCUGCCUCAACCUUUUGAGUGCAGAGAGAGAUUCUUUUUCAGUUAAAAUGUAGACAUGUUUUAUUUAGAAUCAGAAUCCAAAUCAUUAGCUAUUUUGGAAAAACUUGCACAAGUGAUUUCUUUUUUAGCAUAGAGAGUUGCCCUUUUAAGUGAUGUUAAUAUUUAUAGUCCAAAAGACUAAACAGUUAAAUGAAAGAUUACUCAGUAUAUAUAAAGAGGAAAAACCCCUAAAUUUUAAAGUAGAUACAGGAAAGUACAAUAGCAAUAUUUCUUUUUAAAGGGUAUAUCAGCUGAGUGUGGUGGCGUAGGCCUAUAAUCUCAGCACUCAAGAGGCCAAGACAGGAGUAUCACCAUGAGUUCAAGCCAGACUGAACUACAUAGUGAGACCCUGUCUCAACAAACAAACAAAAAAAAUAGUAUAUCCUACAGUUGCUUUUUGUUAUUGACAAAUAAGGAGGAGGUAUUGACUUGUUACCAAACUUGUAAACAUUCCAUUCAUUAAGUGAGGACAGAAUGUAUAAAUUUUCUUGUAAUUUACAACACAGGAGAAUAAUUUGUCUCUUAAGUAGAACGUCUUAACUAUGCUUUUUUCUGUCCCACCAUGUUACCUGUACUUUUGGGCUCCAGAGUCUUCAGUGAAAUUCAAAAUAAUGAUACUUAAGAAAAAGUGUACAAAAUGUACAUAAAUUAUAUCUCUGUAUAUUCUAUCUCCUUAAUCGAGUUUUUAUUUAGUAGGUAACACAUGUAACAGUAGAAUUCAUUUCAGGGGCAGAGUUCUUCAGACUAUUUUUGUUAAAAUUAUUAGUUAGCAGUUUAUUAUUUAAGGAGGUUCCAGAUGUAGCCUUCCUCUGUUUAAUACAAUUUUUGAGCAAAGGACUUUGAAAAGUAGCCAUGAUCAUCUAAACAAGUUACAGUUGUACAAUCUUAGCAAAAUUUAGUUUUAGCGAAGAUAGCUAGUUUUAAAUUUAGAAAGAUUUAAAAUUUGUACACAUUUAAUAAAUUAUCUUUUUAUUUUUUGAUGCUCCAUUUCAUUAGAAAUGUAACUUUUCCAAAGCAGGUAGUCAUAUAUUUUCUUCAAGUAACUAAAUUUGAGAGUAAUGAAAACUCAAAGGAAAAUGUUUAUAUACCUUUACAUGUUUAUUUCAGAGAUACAUAUAUUCCUCUUAAUGCCUGGAACUUGUUUUAAAACAAAAAAAUCAGUAUUCACAUCAUAAAUUUAUAGAAUUAUCACUUGUCAGAAAAACGUUUAUGAUUUUGCUUUUAAGUGGUGCUGUUUCCCAUAGGACAUUUCACAAUAUGGAAUAAUCAGAUAAGGAGUUCGAUUAAAAUGAAUGUUUUUGGGGCCAUGUUAAAAUUCUUUUGGCCUUUGGAUCUUAUUUUGAGGAACACUUUCUUCAAGUUAUUCUUUUUAUCCUAUGGUUAAAUAGUAAAGUGUAUUUGUGGUAAAAUAUUUUAAGACAAGACGAGCAGCAAGUUACAAUCUUAUCAACAUUCUUGAAAAAAUUUUAAACAAAUGACUUUGUUACAUAUCUUUUUUGCUUCUCCCUAUGAAAUCUUCUUAGUUGUCAACCAAUAAUAUAUAAAUGAUGAGCAUUUUUCUGUGAUGAGGUUUUUAACCUUAUUAUCCAGGAUGGUCUUUUGUUUUUAAAUUUUUUUAACUAAUGAGAUGUACUGUGUAUAUUUUAUACAAAAUUGCAUUACAAAUAUGUUUUAAAUUAAUUUUUAAUUGUGUUCUAUUUUUUGCAGUCUUAAGUGCCAUGCCAGUCCUUUUUAUGGUAUAUGGAAGUUCUCUAAUAAUACUUAUUGGGCAGUGGACAGUCAGAAUGGUUGGUAUUUUGGUGUUCUAGGAAAUAAUUUAUUUUGCAUACGUAUGUGGUCAAAUCAUUUUAUGCAUAUGCAGCCUGGAUUAAACAUCAAGUAUUAUGCUUGUUCAGUGCUGGUACAUUUAUUAUAAAUUUGUUUUGUUUUUAUUUUUGUCAUGUAGAAUACUGCCUUGGUCAUUGUAAUGUAAUUGUAUUUGUGCACCUUUUUUUUUACACUAAAAAUCUUUAAAUAAAACAUUUACUAUCCAUUAA